AUGGAUACAGAAGAAAUCGCCUGCGUCCACGUAUCCCUCAAGUUCGUAAUUUUUAAAAGUAUCGAAAAAAAUGAAAACAGCCGCUGCGAUAACUUUAUCAUAAACUUGGCGGAGGCAAAUGACAUCGAGACAGUCAACAAGUCCAAGCAGUAUUUCAUCCAAAAGUUUCAUCGAAUUUUAAAGAAGAGAAAAAAAAAUGAAUACGAAUGUCUGCUCAAUGGAACAAUAACUGAGAUCGCAACGUUUCUGUCUCAGCAUAUGGAAUUGUACAUACAGAUUAGCAAAGUGAAGUAUGAGAUAGGUGAGCACAGUGAUGGUGACGGACAGGCAGGGGUGGAUGCAGACGGGGUGGAAAAAGACGCGGCGGACGCAGACGUGGCGGACGCAGACGGGGUAAAGGCAGACGGGGUGGAUACAGACGGGCAGCACCGCCCACUACGUGGCGACCACACGAGAGAACCAAACGGACGCACCAGCGCUGGGAGGAACAAAAUACACCUGCUCAAGAGCGUAGACCUAGUAGAGGACGACAUCCAAUUUGAAAAUGGACAGAUUUACUUCAAAUGCUUAUUCAAGGAUCUGCUAAGUGACUUUGAGUUUAUUGAUCAAAGGAAGUACGAGAAUAUUAGUAACUUUUACGUGAGCAACGAUUUUAUUUUUUCCAUUUCGGUCAAGUUUGAGGAGUGCAUGGUGGGGAGGAGGGACUUGGAGGGGAGCGACAAACGGGGCUGCGAUUAUGAGCACGACGGGUGCUAUGGCGACCGCUACGCCGACCGAUAUGACGACCACUAUGCCGACCGAUAUGACGACCACUACGCCGACCGCUACACCGACCGCUACACCGACCGCUACACCGACCGCCAUACCAACCGCCAUACCAACCGCCAUGCUCACCACUACGCACGUCGCCCCCUCGACAAGCACGCACGGAAGUACUGGCACCUAGUGAACCUCUGUCACAUGACCAAUUUAUUCUACCUGCAAAUCAACUUUGAUGCAUAUGAGCAGAGUUUCUUUCGUCACAACUGUGUAGAGGUUACCGUGGGGGACAUGCUGCAAAGUCUUUCACCUAAGGAGGAGGACACCCAGGAUGAUACCACCAGGGGGGUCAACAGAAACGAAUCUGGUUUUGCUUCACCAGGGGAGGGACCCGUCCAUGGAAUUAAUGACAAUCAUCGUGAUGGGGAUGACCACCCCCCUACCGAUGGCAGCUCUCCAAUGGGAUGCCAUUUCUCAUUGAUCCUAAUCGACCGAGUGGAAGAGCUUUAUGAUUACUUCCGCCUGAACGACAUACACAUUAUUUUUAACAAGAUACAGUUGAAGGUCGAAAAGAAGGGAGCAUUUUUUUCCCUUGAUAAAAAAAGUAGCGAUUUGUGGAUUCGUUACAAAGACAUGGAAAGGAUGACGUGCCAAUUGAACACCGUGGGUGGGUCUACCCCGUCGUUCAACUUUCAAGCCACGAUCAUGUCUAUUUGUUUGCGUCCUCGGGGGGGAGAAGGUGGGGGGAGGUUUAUCAAUUCUUUGCGAUGGGGAAGUAGCGGCGGUGGUGUUGGAAGCGGUGACAGCGAUGGGGGUGGCCACACAAGUGGGAGUAGCAUAGCGGCUUAUCCGCGUUAUAAGAAUGAGAAGUACCCCUACCGGAGAAGCAGCAAUUCCCCCAGUUGGGACCCCAGAGUUCGCUCACACAGAAAGGAGUUGGGCUCCCACAAGGAUCACUUGCUCAUGUGGAACUUGUUCCUCUCUGUGGAGCGCUGCCACAUCCUGGAGCUGAGCAACAUUUACGCAGAAAAGAGGAAGACUCGGCAGAGCGACUUUUUCGUGAAGAUCGAGUCGGGCCUUCUUGAGCGGUGCUUCAUAUCUCCGUUCUACCCCUUCGAGGAGAACCGGCAGAUCGAACUGAAGAAUUGUCACGUGAGCCACGACUUCCAGGUGAAGGGCGCAGACCCCUGCGACCAGCUCGAAGGCAAAUCGAUACACUUCAACUUGGCUCUGCGCGAGGAGAACACUGAGGGAGAAGAAGGCAUCCAUGGUGACCCCAAUGACAAUAUUGGCAGCGGAAUCAACAUCGGAGUGGGGGAACUGCCCCUAAAAAAUAUGUCCAAGGAAUUAAAGAACACACUGAUGAAGGAGAGAGGAGCAUCUCCACAAAGAGAUUACUAUCAGUUUGACUUUUGCGUACCUCUUUAUUUACACGUUUUUAAGGAGAAAUAUUUAACGUCAGAGUUAAGUGUGCAGGUGUUUUUGAGCGCACAGCAGGGGGGGGUCAAUGAAGUUGGAAUAAAAAUUGGGUCCCCACAGGAGGAAAUGCUCACAGUAGACGAGAAGGGAGAUCAUCUAGUUAAACGUCCCCCAAAGCAUGACACCAUCCCGAGCAACAUAUAUGAAUUCAAACUGUGGAAAGAAGAGGAGGAAAGGAGAAUGAUGGAGGUGCUAAAAAGGAGGGAACAAAAUGUGAUGAAAAAAUUGAUAAAGAAAUAUGAAGCUAUGGAAAGGGAAAGAAAAAACGAACUUGAAAAAAAAAAAACGAAUUAAAUGAAGACCAUUUUGGGGAAGUACAACAGUAGGGAUAAUGCCAUUAUCAGCAACACUUACUUUGAGGAGCUGAAGGACGAACUGAAACGCCUUAAGUUAUUUCACCGACAAACGAUUGAACAGAUUUACGACUUGACGAAUGACGACUUGCUGGAGGAAAAGGUCCGCUCCAUUUUGAGGGACGUCCAGGAGGUCAGGCUCAUUCUGCGAGCCGAGGCGAAGGAGUUGGACCGUACCUCCCCCGGGCACUGGCGGGGAGACUCGUCAGACGGGUUGGCAGGCCAGUCAGCAGACCGGAUAGGAGGCCGCGUAGCAGGACAGUCAGCAGACCGGAUGGGAGACCGCAUAGCAAGACAGCCCCCCAACCAGUAUAUGGAUGUAUACGCAGGCGAAUUCCCGGACGAGGUGCUGGCCAUCCGCACCGACCCAUCGCGAACGCUGAGUAGGAACCCACCAGGGAAGGUGCCCCCGCUAGGAAGGCACGCAAGUUUGGCUAGCCACCCGAGGGGGAAGAAACCACCCCCACAGAGGAGCCUUCUCAAGGGCAAAGGGGUGGCGGGCAACACCUCAAAAGGGGUAGUCAUCCCCUCCAAGGGGGUAGCCAUCCCCUCCAAAGGGGUAGACGCCCCCCUCAAAGGGAUAGGCGCUCACUACAGGGAGGCACCCCCCCACGCCAAGCUUCUAAGUGAGAAGCGUGGGAGGGCCAUCCCAAAGGACUCCGCCGCGACCCCCCAAACGGACGGAUUUAGAAAAAGGGACAAGCCAAAGACAAACGAUAAUGCGAACAUGAUCGAAAAUUUAAAAAGCGAAAUAAAGCGACUCAUCGAAACUGGAAUAUAUAAUGAGGACGACACGAUUAUAAAAAAUAUGAAGAAGAAGUUAAACGCGCUGCUUUGA